AUGAUUCAACGCCUUCAAAAUUUGUAUUUAACAAAGGUGCGUGACACACUUACGGAACAAUUCCAAUAUAAAAACACGCACGAAAUUCCACGCCUUGAAAAAAUUGUUAUUAACCGAGGUGUAGGAGAUGCUUCACAGAAUGCUAAACUUCUCGAAUCAUUAUCGAAUGAGCUUACUGUAUUAGCAGGUCAAGCACCUGUCGUGAAGCGUUCUAAAAAAGCUAUUGCUGGUUUCCAAAUCCGUGAAGAUAUGCCAAUUGGGCUCUCAGUAACAUUACGUGGAGAUCGCAUGUAUGCAUUCUUUGAUCGACUUGUAAAUCUUGCUCUUCCACGUAUUCGUGAUUUCCAAGGAAUUAAUCCAAAAGGAUUUGAUGGUCAAGGGAAUUUUAACAUUGGUUUAGAUGAACAAUUAAUGUUCCCUGAAUUAAGUUACGAUACAAUUGAUCAAAUUCGUGGAAUGGAUAUUGCAAUUGUGACAAGUUCACAAACGGAUCAGGAAGGAAAAGCUCUUUUAAAAGAACUUGGAAUGCCAUUCCGUGAAAAAGCAACUAAGUAA